AUGGUUAGUGAUGAAUUUCGAAUUCGUUCUGCCUUUACUUUAUCUCCAGAAGCUUUUCUAGCGGGAUUGAAAGGUUUCGAUACUCAAUGUAGGAUGAAGAAAAAAAUCUACGGAUCCAGUACAUUCCAUAAGAUGCUACAUGCCAGUCCGGUGAAGAAGUUGUCUUCCAAAACUGAGACCUCAUCGUCUUAUAAAGGAGGAAACUAUUUGUCGGAUUGUCUCCUUCGCUGGGCUAAAACAAACAGCGCAAACUACUAUCCAACCCGGGAGCAGAAAAAAGAAUUGUCCGUUAUGACUUUAUGUUCCAUGGCUACGAUUAAUCGCUGGUUUGUCAAUCGACGACGGAGCAACAUGAAACGCAUCAAGCUAAAAUCCAGUCAUAAGCAUUCUGGUCUGUACCGUCCUCCACCUGUUGAAGAACAGAUGGAAGAGGAUAGUGAAGGGCAACCAGAAGAAGAAUCGGAAGAAGAUUCAGAUUCAGAUGAAACUGCUAGCGAAGAGCAACUGUCACCUGCUACUAAGAAAAGCGAGUCUUCAUUUGAAGGCAGACAAAUAGCAUCCGAUUACGCACAUGUAAUAAGCCAAGCAGAUCUUGAGAAGCUGUUACAAACCCAAGUUCAGAAAAAUGUGGAUUUGCGAUCUCAUACUUUUGAAAAUGAACUGAUGACUCCGUCCACAUCAUCUUCAACUUCAAUAUUCAUCCCAGAAACAGCUCCAAUACCCGAUUCCGGGCCUAUAUCUGCAGAUAUUCGUACCACCAUACCUGUUUCAUAUCCUCCAUCCUUCGCAUCUGCUUCCAUUCCGUCUCCUACUCUUACCGCUCUUCCUAAUUCUAUUGCAACUCCUGUUCUGAAUCCUAUGCCACCAUCUAUUCCCUUGUCUAUGACUACUUCCAUUUCGACUCCACUCCAAGCUCAAACCUCACCUUCUGAUCCAGCUUCCGCUUCCACUUCUAUUUCAACUUCUCUUCUAUCCCCUAUCCAGACAUCUUUUCCGUCUUCCAUUACCAUCUCUAACCAAACCCCUCUCCUACCUCAAAUACCAUCGGCUAACCAAUCAUCCAGUUCUACUCCUAUUCCAACUUCUCUUCUAACUACAAUGUCACCAUCAAUUCCAUCAUCUAUUACCACUUCUAUUCCUAAUAAUUUUUUUAAUGCAAUGCCAUCUUUUAAUCCAACCUCAAGUUCUACUCCCAUUCCAAACUCUCUCCUUACUGCUAUGUCGCCAUCUAUUCGAUCGUCUGUUACCACUCCCAUUCCUCAAAAUUUUUUCAACCCUGUUCCAUCUUCUAAAUCACCUUCUAUUUCACCUUCCGCUCUAACUCCUUUACUAACUCCGUUGCCGCUAUCAAUUCCAUCAUCUAUUACCUCAUCCAUUCCAAACCCUUUUCUAACCCCUAUAUCAAAUUGUAACACAGUUCCCAUUUCUACUCCCAUGCAAUCUCCUCUCCUAGCUUCCCUACAAGCGUCAACUUCAUCUGGAAUUCCGGCUUCCAUCCCACCUUCAAUGUCAUCGUUUCUUGCAGCUUCUAUUACAACUCCCAAUCUAGCACCUACUUCCGCUUCAACGUCGGGCACAGCUUCUGCUUCAACUACAUCACCCUCUCUCGAUGAUCACAGUUUUAUUUACCCACCGCCUCAACAACACACGUUGCCAGAUAUAAAUCCUUUGAUGAAUGAUCCGUCUCUGAGAAAAAUUCUUCUCACCACUCCUGUUUCCGUUAAGCUGAGUCUUCCAGAAAGUGUUGUAGAUAUUUUACAACCUCAACUCGCUCAAGAACUUCUGCGAAUAAGUCCAAAGGAUCUUUGUAGAUGUAUGGAAAACCUAAGAGCUGUCAUGGGUUUCCCAUCGUAUGGAGAGCAACAACAAGCAGAGCAUUUUUAUCCUUCACUUCUUCAGCAACAAUUACUACAGCAGCUAGUGCUCUCUCAGCAGGCGCUAUAUCAGUCGGCACAAACUAUCUAUGAAAAUCCCUUGCUAGCAACGCUUUUACAUAACAGCCCGAUCUCAACUGCUCAAGCUCCGAUUCUAACUCCUACUUUAACUUUAGACUUUAACGCUCAAACUCCAGCCUCAGUUCCGGUGUCUGACUGUGAGGUGAGGAAAAACACGACUUUCUGGGGACAUCCUGGUCUCUAG